GAUGUUAGACCUGUUUAAAACCGGACGAAUCAGAGAUUUAGAUGAAACCGAUUUGUACACGACAUUGGACGAUCAGAUAUCAUCAUCGUUAGGCGAUAAAUUAGAAAAGGAAUGGCGUUUAGAAUUGACCAAUGCAUACUCUAAGAAUCGUACCCCUAAUCUACUGAGAACUUUGAUUAAAAUGUUUGGCUAUAAAUAUAUAUUUAUUGGAUUUAUAUUUGCUAUCUAUGAAAUUAUUUUUAUAGGAUCUAUGCCACUACUAGUUGGCGGGUUAUUGGCAUAUUUCAACCCAGAUGAUGGUUCCAGUACUACUGACUUGAGACAUGCAUACAUGUAUGCAUCUGGUAUACUAUUUUCUUUGUUAAUUACAAUGGUAUUAAAACAUUUAAGUAUUGAAAAAAACUUAUUAUGUGCGAUGAAGAUCCGAGUUGCUUGCUGUUCUAUCAUAUACAGAAAGGCAUUGUGUUUAAGUCAAACUGCUCUUGGCGAGAUCACUGUCGGGCAAGUAAUAAAUUUAAUAUCAAAUGAUGUUAGUCGAUUUGACUUAUCAUUUACAUCAAUGCAUUAUAUAUGGAUUGGUCCCAUGCAAACAAUUGUGGUCACAUAUUUUUUGUGGMAGGAAAUUGGCGUAUCAUCAAUAAUUGGAUUAUCUACGUUUUUAUUUUUUAUUCCUUUCCAAUGUUGGUUGGGUAAAAAAUUGUCCGAAUAUCGAUUAAAGACUGCUAAAAUUACCGAUGAAAGAAUUCAUUUAAUGGACGAAAUAAUUUCGGGAAUACAAAUAAUCAAAAUGUACACUUGGGAAAAACCUUUUACAAAACUUAUACAGCAUUCUAGAAAAAAGGAAAUUAAACAAAUUCGAAGGGCUUUAUUUCUAGGAGUUUUAAAUUUUUCGUUUCAAAUAGUUCAAACUAGACUUCAACUCUUCAUUAGUAUUUUAUCAUUCAUGUUACUUGGAAACGAWAUCUCAAUCAGAAAAGUUUUUGUCGUAACUGCAUUUUACUCUGUAUUGCAACAACCAAUGUCGAAGUUAUUCGGUCGAGGUUUAUCGCAAUUAGCUGAACUGAAAAUAUCUGUAAAACGCAUACAGAAAUUUAUGUUGCUUGAAGAAAAAGAUAGCGAAGUCGCAAAUCUCUCAAAAUUUGCAGUCAAACCAUUAAUAAUUAAUGUUAUAGAAUCGGACAUUAAUACAGAUAAUAUUGAUUUUGAUAUUGAAACAAACAGUGAAUGUUUGAAUAGUUUUGGUAUAGUUAUUUCGAAUGCUAGUGCAAAGUGGACAGACACGCAAACGUGUAAUACUUUAAAAAACAUUAAUCUAAAUAUCAAAUCAAGACGAUUGGUAGCAAUUAUCGGACCAGUAGGAGCUGGAAAAAGUUCAUUAUUACAAGCGGUUUUACGUGAAUUGCCGCUUACAGCAGGCAAAAUAUCGAUGUGCGGUAAAGUGUCUUAUGCAUCACAAGAACCAUGGCUGUUUGCCGGCACUGUUCAACAAAAUAUACUUUUUGGUUCACCGAUGGAUAAUGAGCGUUAUAAACAAUUUCCAUAUGGUGACAGAACUUUGGUGGGUGAAAAAGGUAUUACCCUAAGUGGUGGCCAGAGAGCGAGAGUAAAUUUAGCUAGAGCGAUUUAUAAACAAGCGGAUAUAUAUUUAUUGGACGAUCCUUUGUCGGCAGUUGAUACAGCAGUUGGCAGGCAUUUGUUUGAGAAAUGCAUCAAAGAUUAUCUCAAAGAAAAAACAUGCGUUCUUAUCACUCACCAAGUACAAUACUUGACUGAUGUCAGUCAAAUAAUUAUAAUGGACACUGGAAGCAUAGUAGCUGAAGGCUCUUAUCAAGAACUACAAGCCACCACUUUUGAGUUUGCAAAAUUACUUGGAUCUUCGGAUGAUACAAUAUCAAAUGAGCUAAAAUAUGAUACCAUCAACAGUUCGAAUGAACAUUUGGUUUCAACAUUGUUUGAUGGUUCUAACAAAAGUAUUUCAUCGUCUCAAAAUGAUAUGAAUAUUAGCGGAGCUCUAGCUGCAAAAUUAAAUAAUACGGACAAAAGGUCAUCUGGCAGUGUUUCGAUUAAUGUUUAUAAAUCGUAUUUAUCUGCUAACAGGAGUGUUAUUAAAGUAUUUUUUUUACUUUUUUGUUUUAUUCUUACCCAACUAUUGACCAGUGGUUGUGAUUAUUGGAUUAGCUUUUGGAUAACUCGUGAAGAAGAUAUUUUGCAUGAUACAAUUAGUUAUAAUGUAUCAAAUAAUAAUGGUACAUUAUCGUCAAAUGAUUCGUCCAGUACAUCAAUGUUUUCGUCAAAUUUUCGUCAAAACUGCAUGAUCUUAUACGCCGUUAUAAUAUUUUUUUUGAUUAUAAUCAUUAUCGUUAGGACAUUGUCUUACGUAUCGUUCUGUAUGAGAGCUUCAAUAAAUGUACAUAAUCAAAUGUUCGAUAGGUUUAUUAAAGCCACGAUGUUUAUCUUCAACACGAAGUCUUCUGGUGACAUGUUGAAUCGUUUUUCAAAGGACAUCGGAACUGUCGAUGAACAUUUGCCAUACAUUAUUUUUGAUUGUUUGCAACUACUAAUGUUACUUUUGGGUAUCAUAUUUAUUGUUGGAUUUGUUAAUAUUUAUCUCAUGGUACCAACAUUUAUUGUGAUAGUAUUAUUUUAUAAGAUUAGAGUUUUCUAUUUACCUACGUCAAGAGGUAUCAAACGGUUAGAAGGAAUUACACGAAGUCCUUUAUUUGCUCAUAUGAAAGAAACAUUACAAGGUUUAACAACGAUAAGGGCACACAAAGUAGAACAAAUUGUAACCAAUGAAUUUGACAAACAUCAAGACUUACAUUCUUCAGCUUGGGAUAUGUUUAUUUGUGCGAAUCAAGCAUUUGGAUUUUGGUUGGAUCUAUUCAGCAUUAUUUAUAUAGGUAUUGUAAUAUUCAGCUUCUUCGCGGUAGAACAAGAUCAUUAUGGAGGAAAUAUUGGUCUAACUAUUACUCAAACGAUUAGAUUGACUGGAAUAACCCAAUGGGGAGUAAGACAAUUAUCGGUAUUAGAAAACCAAAUGACUUCUGUCGAAAGAAUACUUGAAUACACAAAUUUACCACAGGAAGCUGAUUUUCAAACUCCUUCUGAAAAAACACCUCCCAAAGAAUGGCCUUUUUUGGGAAAAAUUGAAUUUCAAAAUUUUAAUCUUCGUUAUAGUCUAGAUUCACCAUAYGUGUUAAAAAAUCUCAACUUUCAAAUACAGCCGAUGGAAAAAGUAGGAAUCGUUGGUAGGACCGGUGCAGGAAAAUCGUCCAUUAUCGGAGCAUUGUUUAGAUUUGCUCUCAAUGAAGGAUCUAUUAUUAUCGAUGAUAUAGAGAUACAUAAGUUGGGAUUACAUGACCUGAGAUCUAAGUUUUCCAUCAUCCCCCAAGAACCUGUUUUGUUUUCAGGAACAAUGCGAACAAAUUUAGAUCCAUUUGAUGAAUACCCUGACCUGGUUCUUUGGAACGCUUUAUAUGAAGUGGAACUUAAAACUGUUGUUGAAAGUUUGCCUGGUGGUUUAAACACAAAAAUGACUACUUUUGGUUCUAACUUCAGCGUUGGCCAAAGACAGUUAUUAUGMUUGGCCAGGGCUAUAAUUCGAAAUAAUAAAAUCAUAAUAUUGGAUGAAGCUACUGCCAAUGUCGAUCCACAAACCGAUGUGUUGAUUCAAAAUACAAUUAGGAAUAAAUUUAAAUUAUGCACAGUUUUAACAAUUGCUCACCGAUUGAAUACUAUUAUGGAUUCUGAACGAGUACUUGUUAUGGACGCGGGUACAGUAGUUGAAUUUGAUCAUCCAUAUAAUUUAUUGAAAAAGAAAGAUGGAGUUUUUUACAAAAUUGUAGAAAAAACGGGAAUAGUUACAUCUGAAUUAUUGCAUGAUAUAGCUUCCAAGAGUUUUAAAGUUCAGAUGAAAUGAAAAUUUGCAAUCAAUAUAACUGUAAAAAGGUAAUAUAUUCAGACACCUGCGGUCUUCAAUAAAAAUAUUGUUUAAUAUUUUUUAUAUGUGUACAUGACAUAUAUAUAUUAAUGUGUAACUUUUAUAGAGUCUUUGGUGAUAAUAUAAAUUC